CCCCCCCCCCCCUUCUCUUCCCUUCUUCCUCUUCCAUUUCUCAUUUCACUCUUCCAAAAUCCAAACCGCUUUCUCUCUCCUCUUCAGAACCCAAGUUAGUCGUAUAAGAUGGCUGAUGUAGAGGAUGUUCAACCACUUGUGUGCGACAAUGGAACUGGAAUGGUUAAGGCUGGAUUUGCCGGAGAUGAUGCUCCAAGGGCUGUCUUUCCUAGUAUUGUGGGACGACCACGACAUACUGGUGUCAUGGUUGGUAUGGGCCAAAAAGAUGCAUAUGUUGGAGAUGAAGCCCAAUCAAAGCGUGGUAUCUUGACCCUGAAAUACCCUAUUGAGCACGGUAUUGUCACCAACUGGGAUGACAUGGAAAAGAUUUGGCAUCAUACCUUCUACAAUGAGCUUCGAGUUGCUCCUGAGGAACACCCAGUGUUGCUUACAGAAGCACCUCUUAACCCAAAGGCCAAUCGUGAAAAGAUGACUCAAAUUAUGUUUGAAACUUUCAAUGCUCCUGCCAUGUAUGUUGCCAUCCAGGCUGUCCUCUCCCUAUACGCUAGUGGUCGUACUACUGGUAUUGUUUUGGAUUCCGGUGAUGGUGUCAGUCACACCGUUCCCAUCUAUGAGGGUUAUGCCCUCCCACACGCUAUCUUGCGUCUUGAUUUGGCUGGACGUGAUCUCACCGACCACCUCAUGAAGAUUGUAACUGAGAGGGGGUACUCUUUCACCACCUCUGCUGAGCGAGAAAUUGUAAGGGAUAUAAAGGAGAAGCUGUCUUACAUUGCUCUUGACUAUGAGCAGGAGCUCGAGACUGCCAAGACUAGCUCUUCAGUUGAGAAGAACUAUGAAUUGCCUGAUGGGCAGGUUAUCACCAUUGGGGGUGAGCGUUUCAGAUGCCCUGAAGUCCUCUUCCAGCCAUCCAUGAUUGGUAUGGAAGCCGCUGGUAUUCACGAAACCACUUACAACUCCAUCAUGAAGUGUGAUGUCGAUAUCAGGAAAGAUCUGUAUGGCAACAUUGUUCUCAGUGGAGGAACCACAAUGUUCCCCGGAAUUGCUGAUAGGAUGAGCAAGGAGAUCACUGCUUUGGCUCCAAGCAGUAUGAAGAUCAAGGUUGUCGCUCCACCUGAGAGGAAGUACAGUGUCUGGAUUGGAGGAUCCAUUUUAGCAUCUCUCAGCACAUUCCAACAGAUGUGGAUUGCGAAGGCAGAGUAUGACGAGUCUGGUCCAUCAAUUGUUCACCGCAAGUGCUUCUAAAUUCUUUUCUGUUGGAUUAUAGAGUUGGAAGAAGUAUAAUCUUCCCAUUGGCGCAAGGAAAUUACAGCUUGAAGAUAUAUAUUUUUUAUAUGACCGAUUUAUUUUGAAGUUAUCAUAUUCCCAAGUUUUAUAGUCAUUGUUGUUGAGACUUGGCCUUCAAAGUCCGGGCAGAGGAAGAACCAAAAAAAAAAAAAAAAAAAAAAGUUAACAAAAUUUAAUUUGUUCAUUAUUCUAUUUUGUUUAGUUGAUUUUCUUGUUGAUUAUAAUCGAGAGUAAUCUGUGAUAUAUUAACAA